CGGGCUCUCACUUUGGCUCUCACUCAACUUUCACUCUCUCUUCCUACUCUUCCGCCUGCUUUCUUGUUGAAAUUUCAGGCUUCCUUAUCUCAUAAUCUAAUCUCCUCUCCCUGCCCCUCUGUCAUUCACCUCACCCCGUCCCUCAUUGUGAUAUUAUUUAUCUUCUGGCGUUUCCACGUCACCGUUCGUUUGGCUGAAUCCUGGUCCAACCCCGACCCUUCUCACCGUCGUAUAAUCGGCCAGCCUGAGACAUCGAGCCAGUCAAUGAACGAUGCGGGCAUAUGAGGCAGCGGCUGCCGCUGGCUAUAAUAUGCCUUCGACUUUAGUCAACCACUUUCCAGCCACCAUUGCCCAUCCGCCGACUGAUCCUCACCUAACUGCCUCAAAUUUGGAUCAUGAUCGAGUUCUGUUGGCAAUGCCCCAAGACAAUAGCGGUCUGGUCGGCACCAGUGGCAACUCCUCCGGUUCGACCGGGAAGGGCAUUCUGAUUGGCGUCUUGUCCGCUUUUGGCUCAGCAGCCGUUGCAGUCCUUGUUCUCGCAGUCUUCUUUUUCUUCAAGUACACUCAGCGCGGUAGGAUCAUCCUCGAUCGCAUCGGCCGACCCGGUGAGUUCGACGAUGAACAGGCGUUCUUGCGCGAGGAAGCGGAGGCUCUGGAAACCAUGGACGAUUUGUCGCGGUCGGAAUACUUGCGAGCAAAAGCGUUUAUCGAGGCCAACCCACCCGAGUCUAUGCAAACCGACAUCUCGCUGUCUCAGUUCCUCGCGAUCCAAGAAAAAGGAGUGUCGGCCUGGGAGUUUCAACCCGAACUAGAGAUCGCCAACUGCUUCGUCGAGGGUAGGACUGAGAUUGAGUUCUAUGAUUCAGAAUGCAGUGUCCAGACCAACCUGCCGGUUCCGAAACAGAAUGACGUAUAUUACUGGGAGGCUAAGAUCUAUGAUAAGCCGGAGAACACCCUCAUCAGCAUUGGCAUGACCACGAAACCGUACCCUUUGUUCAAAUUACCAGGGUAUCACAAAUCCUCGGUCGCAUAUCAGUCAACAGGUCACAGGAGAUACAACCAACCGUUCGCAUCAACGCCUUAUGGUCCCCCGCUUCUCCAAGGCGACGUUAUUGGUGUUGGGUAUCGACCGCGCUCCGGCACGAUCUUCUUCACUCGCAACGGCAAGAAGCUGGAAGAUGUGGCGCACGGACAAAAGUCCCAAAACUUUUUCCCGACAGUCGGGGCCAACGGACCCUGCACCGUGCAUGUGAAUUUCGGCCAGAUGGGCUUCGUUUUCAUUGAAGCGAAUGUCAAGAAAUGGGGUCUAGCUCCGAUGACCGGCAGCCUGGCGCCGCCGCCUCCUUAUGGGAGCGAACAGGGCAGUAUCCUUCUCGAAUCUGGUCGAGAAAGUGCUGCGCAGAUCUCACAGCGAGUAUACCAAGAUGCCAAUAAUGCACGAACAAGCUCUACCCUCAGGUUCGGUCCAUCCGUCAGCCCGGGUCCCGUGCGUUCUCCGACCGAUAUUUCUCUCGCCCAACUCGCUCACAUACCCUCCCACGAAGAUGUGGGUGAAGGCUCAAGUCGUACCAAUGCUGGAGACACUGAGCAGGCACCUUUGUUAAACACGGACGAUCUCGAUCAGGUUCCACCUCCGGAGUACUCGAGCCCAGAUGGCAGCCGAAGGGGUAGCGAUGAUAUCCCUUUCGAGGAUCAGCCUCCGAUACCAAGCUACGAUGCUGCGGUCGGCAACCGUAACGAUCAUGGUCCCUACACGGAUGAAAGUCGUUGAGGGUGCUCUUCCUUUUGUUCCGUGAUGUUCGUCGAUAUGUUCUGGGUGUGUAUAGGGUGUGGUAGCCAUUGAAUCUGUCGGUAUAUUCAUUCUGUUCAUCUAUUUUUAGCGGCCACGGCUGGCGUUUUUUUUUUCUUUCUUUUUUUUUUUUUUUUUUU